AUGAAAAGAUCAAACUUGCCUAUAAAAGCUUUACUCGUACUUGACAAUGCUCCAGGCCACCCAAAUGAACAAGAACUUCAAUCAAGUGAUGGGAAUAUCCAAGCCAUCUUCCUACAACCAAACUGCACACGUUUACUGCAGCCGAAAGAUAAAAAUGUUAUCCAAAAAAUAAAGUCUUUGUAUAAAAAUAAAUUGCUGAUCCAUAUUAUAUCUCACGAUGGUGAUGUAACGCAGAGCCUUAAAGGAUUGAAUUUGAAGGUUGAUGCCUGGAAGUCUGUUUCUCUUAACUUAAUCCAAUCUUCAUGGAAAAAGUUGUGGCCUACUAUGAUUGAUGUAUCAGAAACAGAAGAAACAAAUGAAUGGGAUACUGAGGAUGAUGUGCCUAUUGCCGAUUGGGUUCAAAAUCUAUCAGAAAAAGGAUUGGAGACAAGUGAAGAAAAUUUGAAUUCUUGGUUUGAAGGAAUCGAAGGAACAGAGGAAAUUAUGACUGAUGAAGAAAUUGUAUGUGAAGCAGUACAAGAAGAAAGCUCUGUAGAAAUAUUGGAGCCACCAACUACUACAACUGUUGUAAGAGUUAAACCAGAUGAAGCAUUGAUUUGUUUCAAUACCUGCAUAACAUGGGCAGAAGAAAACGGUAUAUCUGCCAAAGAUAUUACAAUUCUUCGCAACAAGCGAGAAAAGGUUUUUAAAGCAAGGACUACAAGUUGCACAAAAGCAGACCUCAAUUAA